AUGGGGCAGGAGGCUUCGCUCACCCUCGAAGAUGAUGGCGUUGUGGUGGAGGUCUCCGACGAGGAUGCCGACGAGGUCGCAGACGAGGACGCCGACGAGCUCGCAGACGAGGACGCCGAUGUGGAGGAGCAGGGUUCCCGACGGUUCGCUCCCGGAGCCAAUGACGAUGAGGCCAGCAGAAGCCGGCGUCCGCUGCCGGCGCUGCGGGCCGGAGGGAACCGCGGCGGCCUCCACACCGGAGAGGCCGCCCGCGGAGGCGCGGCAUUGCCGCCACCGGCGCCGCUGCUGCUGCAGCCCAAGCCGGAGUCCUCCGAGGAGGACCCCGACCUCCGCGUCGCGCCGCUUAUAUCGGCGGCGGAGGAGGAAGCUCAAUGGCCGCAGCUCCAAGCGGUCAUUCGCACCUCCGUGAUGGAGGAGGAGGCCCGGCAGGCGGUCGAGGACGCCGAGGCCCGGGAGCUCUUCGCCCGGGCCCGCCGGGAGGUGGAAGAAACGCGGCGGCACGAGGAGGCCCGGCUCCGCCGCGAGGAGCAGCGGCGGCGGGAGGCCGAGCGCCGCGCGGAGCAGGGGAGGGCUCCGGCGGGCCGGGCGCCUCGCCCGGCGGAGAGGGAGAUACAGAUGGAUGGAGCACUGGAGCUCAGCGUUCGAUCUGGUUCGAGCUCGUGA